CUCUUCUUUCACUGAUGCAACAGUAUGACAUUCCUAGGAGUAGGACUUUUGUUCCUGUGCACCUACAUCAAUCCAGUGCAAGCAAUAACGCCGUUAUACUGGAACCUUGGGAGUCCUUCAAAUAUCACUUCUGCCUCGAAGGAAGCUAGGUUUGAUUGGUCGAGUCUGAACAGCUCGACGGAGCUCGUAUACGAGCCAUGUUAUGGCGAUAAAUUCCAGUGUGCGAGACUUACUGUUCCUCUGGACUGGAGGAAUGAAUCAAAUCCGAACAAUGUAUCACUACCCAUCAUCCGGCUGCCGGCUCGUGUCCCAACAUCAGAUCCAAAUCACGGCGGGACGAUCAUCACGAAUCCGGGUGGACCUGGAGGUCCUGGUACUUUAUGGGUGCUAGACAACGCCGAGUUGGUGCAGAAAAAGCUCGAAGGCCCGAAGAGUUAUGAGAUCCUCUCUUUUGAUCCGCGAGGCAUUUUCCGAAGCGAGCCGAAUACGUAUUGCUUUGAAGAUGCCGUGCAGGCGGAAGUCUGGUAUGAUCAGAAGGAGGCGGUUGGUGGUCUGACCUCGAGUGAGUAUGCGCUCAAAUUCAACUGGGCUGCAGAGAGGGCUCGUGGUGAGCUCUGUGCAUCCACGCACAACGGAAGGUACCCGAAUGGCGACAAUAUCAGGCAGCAUAUCUCUACAGCAUACGUGGCGAGAGAUCUGCUGGAGAUUGUCAAGAAGGUUGAGUCGCAUAAGAGAGCUAGCGACAGCAGAAGGCUGAACGCAAGCGGCGACGACCAACAGCCUUUCCGCGAGAAAGCCAAGGGGCCUGAGCCGAAGUUGCAGUACUAUGGUGUCUCCUAUGGGACCUUCUUGGGCGAGACUUUUGCCGCCAUGUACCCUGAACAUGUUGGCCGAAUGCUCCUAGACGCCAACUUGGACGCAGACAACUGGGUCGAUCGGUACGAGGGAUCAAUCGAUGACCACUUACCGAUACGUGAGUUCUUCUUCGAAUCCUGCUUCUACGGCAAAAAUGACUGCGCCUUCUAUCGUGAAAGCGACAAAGGUCCAGAGGAUGUCAAGAAACGCUUCAACGCGUUGCUGGAUCUGCUCGAGAAAGUCCCGGCAUAUGCGACAGGUGACGGCCGAGCGACGCCAAUUACUAGAUCAGUCGUCGUUCAGGGCUUCAUGAGUACCACUUACCAGCCCAUACUCUUCUUCAGAUCCUUUGCCAAAUUCCUCAAUGAUGUGGCAACGGAACAGAAUCCUGGUGUACCCUUUUGGCAGCGGCCCAUACCUACCAAAGAUGCCUUCAGCGACAAGCUCCUCGCACAGCAAUACCUCGGUGGUGAAGCUACACCCUCGGUCCAUUGCGGCGAUGGUCCUGAACCUGUCUCGGAUCGCUACGACCAAUUCUCCGCUUUCCAAAACUACCUGCAAAACUUGACCGAGCGCUUCGGCUCCGAAGUGGCCGGUCUCCAAGCUGAUUUCAAAAUUGCUUGCUGGUCCUGGCCGUCUUCACUACGCACUAAGUGGCGCUUUGAUGGCCCUUUUGAAGCAGACGAUGUACCCAUUUUGUUUGUCAACAACCGCUUGGAUCCUGCGACUCCAGCGAAGAGCGCGGCUAAGAUGGCGAAGAGAUACAAAGGCAGUGUGUUCCUCGAGCAGGACUCCGUGGGCCAUGGUGCGCUCUUUCCACCCUCAGAUUGUAUGUGGGAGCAUGUGAAGAAGUAUUUUGACAAAGGAGAGUUGCCGGAGCAAGGGACGGUGUGCAAGUCAGAUUGUGUUCCUUUCGGAGAGGUCUGUGAGCGUUUGGAUGGUUGGAAGACUUGGUGAGCUGAGGAUGAAUUUUGUCUCGUGCAAUUUGGAGCUUUGCAUGCCGGUAAAGCUUAAAGCGUAGAUUCGUACGCAACAACAUAAGCGAGGAGUUCGGGACUCUGUUUGCACUGUACUUAGCGUGGAUCAUAAAUUGACGAUGAGCUGAUC